AUGCUAGUAGUGGGGUUAACAGGUGGAAUUGCUUGUGGUAAAAGCACAGUGUCAAGGAGACUAAGAGAUAAAUACAAAUUACCGAUUGUAGAUGCGGACAAGAUUGCUAGGCAAGUAGUCGAGCCAGGCCAAAACGCAUAUGAUCAGAUUGUAUCAUUCUUUAAAGAAAAAAUACCUGAUUUAUUAUUAGAGGAUGGGCAUUUGAAUCGCGCAGCCCUGGGGAAGUGGGUCUUCAGCCAUGAGGAGGACUUGAAAGCCUUGAACGGUGUAACACAUCCAGCUAUAAGGCAUGCAAUGUUUAGGGAGAUUGGAUACUACUACCUGAAAGGAUAUAGAAUGUGCGUGUUAGACGUACCGCUCCUAUUCGAAGGUAACCUGGAUUCUAUGUGUGGAGUUACUGUAAGCGUAGUUUGUAAACAAGAACUGCAAUUAGAAAGAUUACUGAUUAGGAAUCCAGAACUCAGUGAAGAAGAUGCGAAAAACAGGCUUCGUAAUCAAAUGAGUACAGAGGAGAAAAUGGCUAGGUCAGAUUAUAUUCUGCAAAAUGACACCACAUUGGUCGAUUUAUACGAACAAAUAGAAAGCGUCAUCAAAAGGAUUCAACCAAGUAAAUUGAGAACUAUUUUGGAGUACUUCCCACCUUUCGGUAUUGCAAGUGCUAGUAGUAUCAUUAUGUCCAGAUUGCUGAUGAAAAAGCUUCAGAGUAAGAAGACCUAA